AUGCACGCCCAAACCCCAUUGUUGACCCAAGCGACCAGCCAGCACGCUGUACCGAGUGUUAAUGCUACAUCUCGUCGUCUCAUGGCUGCUAUCGCUGUUCUGGUGGCGCUUGCGGUUGUAGUAACGAACUUGACUACCAGCGAUACCGGUCUGCGAAUCGACAGUGAAAUGCUCACGCAGGCUUCCGAGACUUCGCUGGCUGAUGCACCGUCGCUACGGCUCCAUUUCAUGCUAAAACGCAGCUCCAUGGACAUGUACGGAUACUCCGAGUUCGACGUACUCGCCAACCCCGUCGUGUCUGCCAGCAACAACUCCAUUUUCUACGACGGCUACGUCAAGUUCGAAGACAACACUACGUCCCAUACCUUUAUGUUGGUUGAUGGUGUUGCCUAUUACGCAAUGUCAAACACGGACGAUGCAAGAAUAUCCGAGACAGCUCGAUGUUUGUCAUCCAGCUCGAUACCGCCGCUCAACUUCAUCCUAUCUGCCCUCAACAACGCUAUGCCGAUCAACAGUGCAGUUGCGGAUGAUGAUACUGUCGCUUGUCCUAGAGGAAAUCUCCUUAAAACUACACUCGGCGGCUCGACCUUCGUUAUUUGCUCGCUGGGUUCGGAUGGUUUCACUAUAUACGGGAGCGAUCUCGAUGUCAGCGUCGAGUAUCUGGCUAAUUCUGUGGAUAUUACGGCUCCCGUUUUGGACGAGGAGCAGGCGAGAUCUUGUGAGAAGGUUGUUGCUGCAUCGUCCGUCACUCCAUCCACCCUCGCUCUACUCACGGGACAUUCACUUACGUAUCCCGUAAACACUCAAUCUCGGAACCUUAAAGCUAAACCGAAUGUGAAGCUGCAACCAUCGUCAUGCGCUUGCAAAUCGACUUCACGUCCAUGCAUCUUUUUCCACGGCAUGGGUGUAGCUACAGAGAAGAAAGCAUUACAAACUUCCUUUAAAAACUACUGGGGAGAUCUUACCGACAAUGCGCCAUGCUGCUCGUCGAUCCAGUAUGCUAUGCUAGAUACCGUCAACUAUCCGUGGACAGAUGCCGGACUACAGCAGAAAGUAUGCAACUUCGCAUUGUCGGUAAGCAACACGAGCAAUGCGUCGGCCAAGACGAUCGCGGACACCAUCAUCGUCACGCACUCGAUGGGUGGCCUUAUGGUAGGCGGAGCCUUGGCCAACCGUCGAUGCAAGUUCGGUCCUAGCACGACAUGGGUAGCACUGAGUGCGCCGAUGACAGGGAGCAUUGGCUCAGACUACCUUCAAGAGACUUGUAGCGGAAACGCUGGAUUCCUUCGGUUGGUGGCGUUGCUCAUUGGCCGAUGCCCUGCCAAUAACGCUGUUAAGGCCAUGACGUACGAAAGUGAUCCACGCACCACACCUGCGCUGAAAGCUGCGUAUAUAUCGGCACAGACUGCGUUCAAGAAGCACGUCGGCGCCGUGAUGUGCAGCAACAACUAUGACGGUCUGUUUUCGAUAUGGCAGCCCGUUUAUCAGCUAGCGGGUUCCAUGAUUCCACACAAGUCCAAAGAAAACGACGGCAUCGUCGAGUUUAAGAGCUGUGCUGGAGGUCUACCUACGUCUGAGUUCGGCAGUAGCUAUGCCGAUCCAUUCUACUUGACCAGCCUCAACCACGUGGAUACGACGUUCCGCAAUGGAGACGGAUUUUUCUCAACCUCAAGAAAACCUAUCAAGUGGUUUGAAUGCCUCUUGUAA